AUGGAGAAAGCGUUGUCUGAUCUGCAUGCGCUCAAGAAGCUAUACGGGCUGCUUCAAAGGUUAGAUGAGACGUCCAGGGCCCUUCUGAAGAAGUUGCUUGAUGAUGCUACAUGCCAGGCUCUCCUGAAGCAGGCAAAUGCUCUUACUACUGCUUCUGAUUCGGUGAUUCGGUUUUCUCUUGGUUUGACGUCUCCAAGGAAAAUGGAUCUUAACAACAAAGGAACAGAGAUGGAGCAAAUUUUGUCUGAUCUGGAGGCGCUCACGAAGCUAUACAGCCUGCUUCACAAGGGUCCGGCAGAUGAAAAUUUAGAUGAGGCAUCCGGGGCUCUUCUGAUGAAGAUACUAGAAGAUGCUACCCAGGAGGCUGUCCGGAGCCAGGCAAGGAUGCUAUCAGGUUCUCUAGUGUCCCCUGUGCUAGAGAGAAAGCUCUCCACGCUUCUGCCGGACACGGCAUGCCGAUCCGCGCCUGAGGCCGGUGGCAUCACCCAGACCCAGCCUCCUGGACAGCUGCAUGGCCGCGCCACCCCGCGGUACGUCGAAGCCGAGAGCUCCUCCUCGUCCUCGGUGCAUCUCUUCGAGAGGAUGGACUCUGGGUUGUCCCUGAGCAUGACGUCGCGUCAUGGUGUGGAGCACGCCGAACGCGGCGUGGCUACGCCGGAACGCUCUUCCUCGAGCAACACGAUGGCAACCAUACAGAGCCGCAUCAGACCAAGCAACAAUCUUCUCAAGGAGGGCUCCCUACACCGAUCUGCAGCAGAAGAAAGGAGGACUUCGCGCCGGAGGCAACAAGGCAGCGACGUUUCCAGCGCGGACAUGUACAGCAGCAGCAUGUCCAGCGGCAGCAGAAGCUCAUCGGGCGCCGCCAGCCUGUCUGCCUCCACGAGCCCGAUGGCGUCGCCGGCGCCGCAUGCGUUUGCUAAUCCCUACUACUACUACUCGCCGCCGGUGAUGACACGGGGCAUUGCGCCGCCGGUGUAUGCACCUAAGGUGUCGCGCUCAAUGAGGCGGCGACGUCGGCAGGAAAUCCUGGAGAAGCGGCUGGCGCGGCUGCAGAUGCUCAAGCACAAAAUCGCCACGGUGUUCCAUCACCGCCACGACCAUCACCACCACCUUGGGGGCGGCCAGGAGGCGGGCCCCUCGUCCAGGAGCGUCGUCCGCGGCGCAGGCCACUUCAACACGCCGUGGCAGUACUUUACGAGCAUGUUCCACCGCGCGAAAGGGAAAGAUAAGAACGCUAGGAGCCGGACGGUGCGGCACUUGAAGGGCAAGCGGAGGGCACCGGCAGGUAUGAAACUGAGGAGGAAGGCCAGCCGGGUGCGGGGCAAGAAGAUGCAUUGGUGGCAGCGGGGCAUGGCAGGGGUGACGGCGGGCAGUAGACCACGACGCCGUUUAGGACAUGGAAAGGCAGGGUGGCUGUAG